UGUUGUUUUAUUUUGAUCUCAGUCUCUAUGGAAUCUGGGGGUGUUUCGGGCUGAGUUCUUGCGUAGUUCAAUGUUAGAUCACCAUCACGUUGGAGAUCCUUGUGUCGUCUGCUCAUUGUAUGAAGUUCUUACUGCUUUAAGCGCUGCUUCGAGGGAAAUACGAAAAGAACCUGUAACUCCUUCAACACUCAGGAUUGCGUUGAGCAACUUGUAUCCAGAUAGCAGUUUCUUCCAAGAGGCUCAGAUGAACGAUGCUUCAGAAGUAUUGGCUGUGAUUUUCGACUGCCUUCAUCGCUCAUUUGCUCAGAGCUCAAGCUUGUCUGACACAGAUUCUUCAGAGAGCAACUACACAGGUUCAUGGGACUGUGCCAACCGCACAUGUAGUGCCCAUUCUCUGUUUGGAAUGAAUAUCUUUGAUCAACUGAAUUGCUACAGCUGUGGGCUGGAGUCGAGGCAUAUGAAGUACACUUCCUUUUUCCAUAACAUCAACGCUAGUGCCCUACGGAACAUGAAGGUGAAAAGAGAUACUAAUCAUGCAAGUGUUCAUUGGUUACCUGCUCCGAGACUGCAUUUGAUAAACUCCUAA